AUGGUCAUCCCAAGGUAUCUCUCCAGAGUAACAUCUCCUCCUUACCGAAAGCCCGCAUUCCAAGCUGCACUCAACAGUAGUCGCACCUGGUGGUUCAAACAGAUGGCCUCCACUAAUGCUCCCGCACCAUGGCAUGCUGCCUACCCUUCUCCUCGUAACAAAACGCCUGCGGCUAUGAUGCGCCAGGAUAUGUUGGAUAUGAUCAAGAACAGCAACAACAUAGCUGGAAGGAACUACGUUCUAGUUGAUCUCCGCAGAACAGAUCACGAGGUAUCAUCUGAGAGAGUCGGCGGUACGAUUCGCGGGUCUAUUAAUCUACCGGCACAGAGCCUCUACCCCACCAUACCGACGCUUUACAGCUUGUUCAAAGCGGCUGGAGUACACAAAAUCAUCUGGUACUGCUCAUCCUCCCGAGGCAGAGGUUCUCGGGCAGCUGGAUGGUUCAAAGACCAUAUCGACGACCAAAGCGACAGCGAUAUGGAGAGCUUGAUACUGUUUGAAGGCAUCAGCGGAUGGGCCAAAGCUGGCGGAGAGUUUGUAGAGUGGAUUGAUGAGUACGAUGCGGCUGUGUGGGAGAACAAGUAG